AUGAAAACAGACACAUCAACUGACACGACACGAGGCUCAUGGCCUUCAGGUAUACAAAUCAGUAUUUGGUUAGUUAAAUGAUAAAAUUUUGUCGAGUGUGAUAUUAAUUUGAUAUCACUGCUCAACAUUUCAUAUCAGGGACUUAAGGCCCCGUCACACGUAUCCGUAUUUGUUUGAAAAUGGAUAUUGUUUUUCCCGCCGCCACCUUGUAGGAUCUUAAAGUUCCGAUUAAGUCAUGUUCUGAUUGACUUCCCUCCGUAGAAAACUAACCCAUGGUGCUAAGCUACUAACUUCAGAGACAAGUUUUGAUCCAGUCCGAAACGUAAACGUAGUCACACUGCAGCGCAAAUGAAUCCAAGCUGAAAUGGGUGGCACAGAGUUUGAUAUUUUCUUUGAGAACCAGAGAAUUUUCCCCUGCAAAAUGGAGAAUCAGUUGAAGAUGACUCUUUUGAAGAAUGAGUUAUAGCUGUCCGUAAAGGAAUACCGUUCGUUUUAUGGGGCUGUCCCUAAGAAAAAAUAUACUAUUUCAAAGUCAGGACGAACUGACUAGACCUUGUUUGUUGUUGCUCUUUCAAAAGUGGACAUAAUCAUGCCUUCAUGUACUCUUUAUUUCAAACAAAACAAAAGAUCAAAUCAUAUUUCAAAUUCAAUUCAAAGUAGACAGACUGCAAAUUAUAGUAGUUGCUAAUAAAUAUAUCUACGUGUCCCAAAAAAUGCGUGCAAUUCCACAAUUGGUUUCGGCUCCAUUAAAUCCUAUACCAAUUGCAGAACAUUUUAGGAGGAGCCACCCACCGUGUGAGCACAGUAGCGGACAACACAUAUAACAACAAAGCAUUGAAGGUAAUAAGAACUAUAGCAGCCAAACCUCUCCUACAGCAAAAAUAAAAAAUUCUGCAGAGGACACAUGCCUCAGUAAAUGUCCCUGUUACGUGUAUCACUUCAGAAGGUGUGCUCGUUAGCAAAUGACGGUGCGAUUGUACCAAUGCUCACCAGGAGCCGAUUCUGUGUUCGCCUAUUGGAAUCCGGUCAAUCCGAUGAAAAGCUAAAGGCUUACUCAUAUUGUGCAUCUUAUCUUCAGGUAAAUACUGCAUUUACAAAAAAGGUGGUUCCUGUCCAAUCAACCUCACAUCAGGAUAUAUCAAAUGGGACGAUGAAGACCAUAAUAACAGUAACAACAAAACCGGGACACUUCCUGAUGGUGUAUAUGACCAUAAUACAAAGAUUGAAUUUUGCUGCAGAACAGAUGGAGACAAAAACAAUCCCAUCUCCCUUCCAACCCUCAAGCCAUUUUUCCUGCUAGCUUUUGAUUCCGCUGAAUGUCAGCAGGUGAAAUGGGCGAUAGUCAGUGUGGAGUGGAUACGGUUUGAUAAUGAAGAUACUGGUAACGCAGACGACCAAGGAGGGUCGCAUCCACAUGGUGCUGGAAUUGAUAAUCACAAAAUUCAUUACUGUUAUUAUCAGGGUAAGAAAAUUGAAGUACUGAAUCGAAUAUUUCAUCAUCUGUCCUACUCAGUGUUUCAGGGUUUUUCUUAGUGUAGAACGAUUUGCUCACAUGGGCUUAUGAUUCUUAGGUUACAUAACCUUCAUUUUAAAUAAGCUGGAACCGCUGGAGAUUUGAUUAGAAUGGCAAUAGACCUCUUUGGCUUCAGUUGUAUGUUUUGAUUUCCCAGUGUAGGUCAUGUGAUAGUACUCUUGAGAACUCUUCAAUCAAAUUUCGUCUUCCACCGGUGCAUAUCUACACAUGAUUUAUAAAGAGACAAAGGAGCGAAAUCCCCUGAGAUCAAAACAUAGAAGCUAAAGAGUCUAUUGUAUUUAAACCUACUUUUGAAAUGUAAAAACUCUUAUUUCCCCUUAUAAAACUGUUAUGGCUCUAUUCUUUUUAAAGAAAAUAAUGUAUGAACCAUGAAUAAUCGAAAACAACGUAAACAACUUAAACUUAAAGAAAAGAAAGAAAACUCUGGUAAAAUGAUUACUUCUAGUUUCUUCAAAACAUUAUUAAAGUUCGACUUUCAUUGUUAAGAACGCAUUUAUUAGUGCGGAUUAAACAAUAACUACCUUUUUAGUCACGAACAAAGAGUUUUACACCGGAAUUUUUUUUUCUUAAAAGAAGGAAAUCAGAAAAAAAACUAGAUUUAGAUACAGGGAAGUCGUCCGAAGGCAACUCAACCACAAGCCAAGUAUUUUGUGAUCCUUAUUUUCCAGGCUGCAACGAAACUCUGACUGAAUUGAACGGCACUUUCCACUCACCGAACUAUCCAAACAGAUACCCGGAUGGACAGUACUGCUCCUGGAGGAUCACAGUCAGCCCAGCCCAACAAAUCCAUUUAACUUUCACAGCCUUUAAUCUGCAAAACGAAAAUAACACGGACGCAUUAUAUGUGUAUGAUGGAGAAAAUUCCACAGGGGAGGUGCUGGGAGUAUUUUAUGGCAGUCACACUCCCCCGUUCGGAGGAAUUAACUCCUCGUCAAACCAAAUGUUUUUAAUAUUCAAAUCAGAUAAGAAUAUCUCUUACACCGGCUUCAGUGCCUUGUACAAAGCUGUGGAUUGUUUAGGUAAUCACUGCAACCCAUCCUCUCAAACUUCAAAAUUAACACCGUCUCUCACUAUGCCAUAUUCUUUCGGAACGAGGAUGUUCUCAUCUGACACAAAGCUAACAAGAAACUCUUCCAUAAGAAGACUUAUCACGACAUCACAGAAAAUCGAUUCUCCAAUGACGUCGAACAAAAUUUCGACAUCCAAAGGAGUUCUGAUGGUGGCGUCAUUACCUGUUACCAAAAUGUCGACGGGGUUUUCUGCUCCUGGAAAGUCGGUGAUGACGACAACAAAAGCACGACCAUUUGUUGUCUCUUCCACCAGAAAACCAAUCGUUACAUCAAUAUCAACAGAGUUGGUACCCACAUCAUGUAAAAUACAACUGGCAUCUUCGUCUUCUGUAACACGACCGGUGCUUACAUCAGGUAUGAAGCUAUUUAAUGCUGUUAACUAACGAAAGGUAAAACGCAAAUGCAAAAAAAAUGAAUAAAUAAACCCUGGGCUAACGUCCUCUUUGCUUAACUUCACUGUCAUUAUAAGAAAACCUCGGAGUUCACUUCCGGUUUGUCUCUCAUUUACUUGCCUUUUUAGGAUCCAUCUAUUGGCCAGCUGGUUCAUACGGGAUACCCAAAGCUGCAUCAGGGUGUCCAGGUGCUAAUGGAUUUCAGUGGCUCAUUGGGAGGAGAUAUCAGGAUACCGAAGAUAGCAAUCCUAACAACCAUAAAUCAUCGCAAUUCCAUCUUGACGCAACUGUGGACAGCAAAAGGGGCAUUAUCCGCUCUUUCUGUAUGAAAACAGACACAUCAACUGAUAUUACACGCGGCUCAUGGCCUCCAGGUACAAAGUUAAUUCACCGUAAAAGAACGCGGACGUUGCGCUCAUGUUAGAUCCCCUGUCUCUAUCUGUGCUUCAUUUACGUUAAAGCUACUUUACAAAACACAAUUGGGAAUUCAUCAUUUUAACAAAAACCAUAUUGAAGCUUGUUUACCCUCCAAAAUUUUACAUCACCGUUAUCUUCGAUUUCUCUUUAGACGACUGUGAUACCCAGCAAAAAAACUAAAAUUUGGGAACGAGGGGUACACAAAGUGCAUUUUGGUCAUCGAAAAUGAUGAAUUGACUUCGGGAUUCCUAACAAGUAAGGCAGCGCACUAAAAUUAUUCAAUAAAACGCUAAAGAGUAUUAAUACCUUUCUUUUGCAUGGAAUAUUCAGGUAAAUACUGCAUUUACAAGAAAGGGGGUUACUGUCCAAUCAAUCUCACAUCAGGAUACAUCAGAUGGGACGAUGAGGACAAUAACAACAAAAACAACAAAACCGGGACACUUCCUGAUGGCGUAUACGAUCGCAACACAAAGAUUGAAUUUUGUUGUAGAACAGAUGGAAAUAAAAACAAUCCCAUCUCCCUCCCCACCCUCAAGCCAUUUUUCCUGCUAGCUUAUGAUUCCGCUGAAUGCCAGCAUGUGAAAUGGGCGGUAGUCAGUGUGGAGUGGAUACGGUUUGAUAAUGAAGAUUCUAGUAACGCAGACGACCAAGGAGGGUCGCAUCCACAUGGUGCUGGAAUUGAUAAUCACAAAAUUCAUUACUGUUACUAUCAGGGUAAGUGAAUUGAAGUACUGAAUGCACUACGUCUUCAUCUGUCCAAUACUGAAUCCAGUACUCUCCAAUAUUGUCCAAUACUGAAUCUGUCCAUACUGAAUACAGUAUGUCUUCAUCUGUCCUAUUCAAUGAAGGGCACCUUUUAAUAGCAAUCGAUUCGCUCACGGGGCUUUAAAUUCUUUGGCUACAUAACCUUCAGAGAUUUGAUUAGGAUGACAAUUGCAUUUAAGAAACGGUCCUGAUAAGAACGAUAGCAACAACGGCAACGAACAUUUUGGAAUGCAAAAAAAGUGCUGACUUUUCUAUUGUCUGUACUUACUUCUGAUUGACUCAAACAGCAAAAGUUAACAAAACUUCAUAAAGCCUUACAUAUAUCCAUCCUUACUUUCCAACCAUCUUCCAUAUAACAAAAUCUGGUCUCAGUUUGAAUAACAAAGAAAUCCUAUGUGGGGAACAUGUAAAAUUGUAAACUUUUCUUGGCUAUUGUUUUCAAUUGUUGUGAUUGGUCAAAAUCUUUUAACACAAAAAAACACCCUUUCAAAGUGGAGUGUAAAUGCAUUUUAUUACGUAAACGGCCUUCAUGUAGGUUUAUGCAUUCUCUGUGUAAAAAUGAGAACAUUCCUAUGUGGGGAAAGCACCGUUGCCGCAUAACAAAAGAAAUUGCUAUCCGCCUUAUCCGGAUCAUUUCUUAAUUUGACUAAUGUUAACCAACGUUUGGAGUUUAGCAACUCCUUGUUUACGCUUAAAAGACUUAAAACUGUUGCGACUUCAUCGUUUUUUAGAAAGAUAAUUUUCAUUGAAGCUUGGCUAAGUUGAAACCAAUGUAAACAGAAAAAAACUCUUGUAAUGUGGACUUUUUCUCAUAGCCUCUUUUAAAACAUCAAAUUCCGACUCUCAUCGUUACGAUCUUCCUCAUUGGUCCACUACAAUAGUUCAAGCUUUGCUCGUCGAAACUUUGUUCUUCAUGAACAAAGGAUAUUACAUUGGAUAUUAUUUUUCUAAGAGAAAGAAAAAUGAACAACAGAAGUGGAAAGCGAUGGGUUAGACUAAAGAUUUAGAUGUAGGGAUCAGAACGCAACGCAACCGCAAAUCAGUAUUUUUUUAUCUUUUUUUCUCCAGGAUGCAACGAAACUCUAACUGCAUUAAAAGGCACCUUCCAUUCCCCGAACUAUCCCAACAAAUACCCAGACGGACAGUACUGCUCCUGGAGGAUCACAGUCAGCUCAGCCCAACAAAUCCACUUAACGUUCAUAGCCUUUAAUCUGCAAAACGAAAAUAACACGGACGCUUUGUAUGUGUAUGAUGGAGAAAAUUCCACAGGGGAGGUGCUAGGAGUGUUUUAUGGAAACCACACUCCCCCAAUAGAAGGAAUCAACUCCUCGUCGAACCAAAUGUUUUUAAUAUUCAAAUCAGAUAAGAGUAUCUCUUACACCGGCUUUAGUGCCUUGUACAAAGCCGUGGACUGUUUAGGUAAUCACUGCAACCCAUCCUCUCAAACUUCAAAAUUAACACCGUCUCUCAUUAUGCCAUAUUCUUUCGGAACGACGAUGUUCUCAUCUGACACAAAAAUGACAAAAAAAUCUUCCAUAAGAAGGCUUAUCACGACAUCACAGAAAAUCGAUUCUCCAAUGACGUCGAACAAAAUUUCGACAUCCAAAGGAGUUCUGAUGGUGACGUCAUUAUCUGUUACCCAAAUAUCGACGUGGUUUUGUGGUGAAAAGUCGGUGAUGAUGAUGACAUCAAAAGCACGACCAUUUGUUGUCUCUUCCACCAGAAAAGUAAUCGCUACGUCAAUAUCAACAGAGCUGGUACCCACAUCAUCUAAAAUACAACUGGCAUCUUCGUCUUCUGUAACAGGACCGGUGUUUACAUCAGGUAUGAAGCUAUUUAAUGAUGUUAACUAACGAAAGGCAAAACACAAAUGCAAAAAUAUGAAUAAAUAAAUCCUGGGCCAACGUCCCCUUUGCUUAACUUCACUCUCGUUAUAAGAAAACCUUGGAGUUCUCAAACACUCGGGUUUCCUCAAGAACCUCUGGAUUUUCAAAAAGCUCGUCGGUCCUACUGCUUAUCGAAUAAUUGACGAAAGUGCUUUUAGGACAACCUAUUCCUUAGACCCACGGUUCUCGGCUUGGUCAUACCGUGAGCUGUGACGUCAUAGAGAAAGAUCCAUCCUUUCCCAGAUUUCGCGGACAACGGUGCAAUAAAGAACGCUUAAGGACGAGGCUGCUUUUAGGAUAAUUUAAGUAUUACUUCGUACUUCAUAACCGUUGAUAAAAUUAAUGUCAUGCGUGUUAAAGUAAUUUUUAAUAAUACCAAAUGAAUGACAAUUCGAAAUUCACUUCCGGUUUGUCUCUCAUUUACUUGCCCUUUUAGGAUCCAUCCAUUGGCCAGCUGGUUCAUACGGGAUACCCAAAGCUGCAUCCGGGUGUCCAGGUGCUAAUGGAUUUCAGUGGCUCAUUGGGAGGAGAUAUCAGGAUACCGAAGAUAGCAAUCCUAACAACUGA